UCGUUAUCAAAACAACCACAACAAAUUGGAUUGAAAAAAAAGAAUAGACUCUUUUGUCUAUGUCUGUAUCCAAUUUGAUUUUCUGUUUUUUUUUUUGUUUUGUUUUGUUUUAUUUACAAACUAAGGUGAAAAAAUGGCAACAACAACAACAACAACAACAGCAUCAGCAUGUCGAAAUGUUGGAAAAUUAUUACCAAAACAAAGUGCAUUAUUCAUUUGUGAUUUGCAGGAAAAAUUUCGACCCAACAUACAAUAUUUUGAUGCCGUUGUACAGAUAUCAUCAUGUCUUUUACAAGCAGCACGUUUAUUAGAUAUUCCAAUUAUUGUUGCUGAACAUUAUCCAGAAGGAUUAGGUGUAACAGUCAAAGAACUUGGAUUAAAUGAAUAUCCAGAUAUUCAACCGAUAACUAAAACACAAUUUUCAAUGCUUACCAGCGAUCUAAUCGAAAGAUUGAGACAAAAACAUCCAGAUGUAAAGAAUAUUAUUCUUUGUGGUAUUGAAACACAUGUAUGUGUUCAAGGAACAGCAUUGGAUGCAAUUCAAGCCGGAUAUGAUGUCCACGUUGUUGUCAAUGCAUGUAGUUCACGUUCAAUGGUCGAUAGAAUGUUUGCAUUUGAACGUAUGAAACAAGCUGGUGUUUGGUUAACAACAUCUGAAUCGGUUAUACUUGGAUUAGUAUCAGAUGGAUCGAAUCCAAAAUUUCAUGACGUACGAAAAUUGAUUAUGGAAACGGCACCGGAUUCUGGUCUUUUAUCAUUGUUGAAAAUAUGAAAGUGGAAAAUGGUAAAAAGAAUUCUUUGAAUGAAAAUUCCACUCAAUAGAAUUUAUUAGAUUUAGAAAUAAUUUUUUCAUGUUUCUCAGAUUAAUAGACAAUUUUAAAGCUAUUGGAAUUAUAGUGUGAAUCAAACAUUAAACAAACAAACAAACAAACAAAUAAACAGACAAACAAAAAAAAUCAAA